AUGUUGGAUAACCAGGAAUCGCGAAUCACGUUCGAAGUGCCCACCGAUCUGGACUUUGAUAAGUUGAUCCGUGACAACAAUUAUACGCUCUACUGGCAGAAUCUACACAGUGAACCGUAUAGGCAGAAAAUAAGCAGUGCUCUAAAUUCGACUGUAUUGGGAGACCGCAAUUCAAGUGAUUUCAAUCUGAUGAGCAGUUUAAGGCAUUUUGCGGGUGAUCGCAGUGUGGGUGGUGGAGCAAUUGGAUGGGGAAUAGCUCCCGGCGACGGUAGUGAUUGGGAUACCACGGAGGGACAACUUGUGGAUCCGAGCUAUUUGUGGAUAGGAGCUGUGAUGGUGCUGCUGUCCCUGUCUGGGUUGUUUUGUGUGUGUUCCUGCUAUCUUUAUUACAAGUAUCGGAAGUGGCAGAAAUGUGUGUCUAUUUCCACCUGUCAUACCCUUUCCACGCAGGACAUCGAGGCGCCCCCGCCGUACGACACCGAAACGCUUCCUUCGUACACCAUCGCUUCCGGUUUACCAACCUACGAGGAUGCUGUACAAAAUAUCGUCGCUCGACAACAGACUCGUACUGGGCACGAGCCAGCCCACAAAACGGCUCCAAUGUACCCACCUGCCAUCAUAAAAUUUCUCGACUCACGACCGCAAAACUGGCUCAAUGUCACUGUCUUCGAAGAAAUUCAUUACAACUUUGUUGACCGGGGCGCAUCGGAAGAGCGGACGUCAAGGAUAACACCUAAAACUAUAGUCAAUGCAUCGGAAGUCGUGCAAAGUCAUGCAAACAAGGCGGACAGCAACGAUAGCGUCCCCGUUAGGAUUCAAAUUUGUGUGUUGGAAAACGAAAAGAAACGCGAGAACAAUCGGUAA